CGCCAUCACUUUACUAUAUUUUGUCAAAUUUCACGACCUUUUCCAGCCUCCAUCUCUCUUUGAGAUCUUCACAGCUCUCCAUCAUCGUAGUUUUCUCUUCAAGGAUGAUUAAACAUUGUGAGCAAUGGUGCGUGUAAACGAUUCUUGUUGAAUGGACAUUCGUCAUUCUGAUGUUCUUACAUCAUUGCAUUUUGUAAUGCACUAGUUAAUCAUUAACCCGGAAAACAAGCUAUAGAUGAUGCUUUAUUCCUGGUGAGCAAAAGGAGAGCACCAGUUGAAACAGCAUGGUGAAAGCAUACGGACAGGAGCAUGUUUACAAGCACCCAUGGGAGAGGGUAACAUCUGCAUCUUGGCGCAAGUUUUCAGACCCCGAGAACAAGCGAACUCUAUCCCAUAUCGUUGAGGUUGAUACUUUAAACCAUAAGCUGGAUCCUGAAUCUGGGAAGCUUUACAUGACUCGUGCCAUUACUGUCCAUGCUCCUGGACCUUGGUUUGUCCGCAAAAUCAUUGGUCAGGAUAUCUGCCACUGUGUUGAAUCAACAGUUGUUGACGCCCGAACUAAGUCAAUGCAACUUACCACUUGCAACAUCAGUCUCCAGAAGUUCCUAGAAGUGGAGGAGAAGAUCCGCUACGAUCCUCACCCAGAUAAUCCAAAUGAGUGGACAGUGUGUCGACAGGAGACUAGCAUACGGAUUAAGCCACUGUCGGCACUGGCAUCAAUGGCAGAGAAGGUUGAGCAAAAAUGUGCUGAGAAGUUCAUGCAGAAUAGUGCCAAGGGUCGAGAGGUUAUGGAGAGAAUGUGCAAGUAUCUGGAAGCUGAAUCUAGAGGCAUUGCCAUGUAAUCUGGCUUUCUCAUGAUUGCGAUUUCCCAUUAUUGGCUCAUCAGGCUAUGAAGCCUUUUAGAAUAGAAAAUACCAAGACCUUAGAGUAGCAAAUAACUGAAGUGCCUGUAUAAUAUCAAGGGUUAUUCCUGAAUCCUUUAUGGAUGAUGUGCAAAUUUUGUAGUUAAAUUAAGUUUGGAGACGGUUUGUGCGUUCUUCUUUCAUUCACCAACAAUAACCUCAUAUUGAAAGGAGGGGAAGCGUUGAAUGUCAUACUAUUCCUGAGAUGUCACAUAAUCCAUCAUACCAAAACUUCCCGUGUUA